AACCGUUGACAUCGUUUCCUAGCUCUUUUUGGAUUCCAUGCCCUUUUUCUCACCUUUAGAGAUUUGUUUGAUGCUGACUAGCAUUUAUUUCAUUGAAAUAAAAGCGAUUAUUUCGAGGAGAUGUUGUUUCCGUUGUCGUUUCUCUGUGCAGCGUAGACGCUUCUCCGAGAUGGUGGAGAUGCCUCAAGAUCCCUGUCAUUCCCUUAAUUUUGUUUAACUUUUGCACUCGAUAACGGUUCUAUCACAUACGCCGUGACACGGAAGUUCCUCUCCUUCAGUGGAGGUCCCAGCUCAUCAGUGACAGCUAGCGGAGGAGAAUCCCCUACAGCACUAGAAGCAAGGAGCGUCGCUGGUUCGGAAGGCACGCGGCCGCCAGCAAGGAGAAGAACCGCGGAUUACGCAUCAAAGUGAUAUUUUCGCAAUGGACCGCGAUCAGCGACCGAACCGACCGGUUGGCAGAGGUAAUCCUCGAUUCUUCGCCCCACCCGUAGCGGGAAAUCAAGCUUAUCGCCCGACGCAGCGAUUUGCUGCCCCGAAUGUCCAGAACGUUCAAAAUGCCGAAGGAAUGGAGGAAUUACCGUACGCCUAUGCGCCAAUGCGCUCCUGCAGGCGAUGCCAACAUAACACUAAUAAUCGGAAAUGUGUGGAAUGCACAUUGGGGCCGAAUUUCCGAUCGGAAAAUCCGCAGGUUACCGUAUCUCGUCUGUAUGACGAAGUGCUGCUACGCAGCUUGGAUGCCUACCGCACUAUCACAUUGCCAGAAUACUGGACAAUAGUCAGCGCCACGCCGUAUUAUUAUCGUGGCGUUUUUGACAGCGCGGUGCAGUUUAUCGGCGAGGGCACCGAUGAGUGGUCCUAUGCGAUUCACCCGGAAAAUUUCGGGCGAUGCACAGUGGAUUUGAUGAAGCGCGUAACUGCGCCACCGAAUCAGAUGAAUUUACAUGUAAUCAGCGAUUGUGGAAAUUUUGAGAUAUUUCCCUUGAAUCAAGAUAUUCAGUACUUGCCGGGCAGGGAUAAUUCCCAUAAUUUGCAGAAUUAUCCGACGAAUUUCGGCGGACAGCAAAUGCCGUCCCAGCAGCCAGCAUAUGGCCAAUGGCAGCCGCCAGUUAUGUUUUCACCGCAGCAGCCAUACCAGCAGCAAAGUCUGCCAUCAAUGGGAUAUCAGCAGCAACAGCCAGUUCGGUAUACGAAUAUGGCAUUACAAGUACCGCCGGGUGCUUUGCCACCGGAGCAUAUUGCUCAUUUGCAGCAGAGUCUUCCCAGCGGAAGCUAUCAAUACGAUCCGGAGACCAAAACCAUAACACCGUGUCCAUGGCCGGCUGGAACAGCACCGAAAGAGCCACAACAACGGCAAGCUAAUCCGUUGUUAGCGAAUCUUCCGCCACUGACCAGAAAACCGCCAGUGAAUCAACAACCGCCUUUAGAGUUGCUGCGAGUGCAAGCUGCGUCUGUAAGUGAACCAGUUUUCGAAUCUGAGCCGAACUCAGGCGCUAGUUAUUCUAGCAACACUAGCAAUGCUAGUGGUAAAGCUCGACAGAAAAUUACUUAUAACUUACCGAAUGUGGGGAAAACCCCAGAUAACUCGUUUGUGGAAGGCGAUAUUAUGCCCGGUAAGCUGAAUGCAGCUGUUAAAUUUCAGAGAAAGAAAACGCCGAACUGGAAUGUCCGCGCUACGCGCGGUGAACCAGUUAAAUACCAGCCAGAUGCAUCUGUAUUAUUGAUGCCCGAGCGUCAGACGCAUCCACAGUACAUCCGCCGUGAUAUCGACGUUAUUCGUCGGGACUUGGAUCAAUAUGUUGAUCGCGUUGUGUCAGUAAUUGGCACCGUUAACGCUGAUCAGCGAGCCGAAAUUGGCAAAGCCAUCACUGAUACUUUGGACUUACUCCAUACUAUCGGAUAUGAUCUCCGUAUACGGAACUCGAUCAACAUGUAUAAAAUCGAUUUGUUCCGUCAGAUGGAGAUCAGGCGAUAUGAAACGCUGCGUCGUUAUGGUUUACGGAGUGCGCUGGAUAUUUUCCAGCUAAAGGAAAAACUUAUUGAGAUUACCGUCGUCGAUUGGGAAUUAAUUUCCCAAUUUAAAAUUUUAUUUACUGAAGAGCCGGAGGAAUUCCUCCUUCAGUUUAUACUACCGGACACGGAUCCAGCAAAGUUCUGGUUUUUCUGCCGUGCCGCUUGCGCUAUGCAGCGUAAGAUAGCUCCCAUGAAAAUUACAUGGGAUACGAUCGCUAUCGGAUGGGGACUUAAGAAAUAUAUUCUGGUCAUCCUAUCCGCGCUUAUGGGCAAUUGCCAUGCUCAUCAUUAUGCCCGGACAUAUCGUCAGGCUGAGCAGAAUCGCCGAUUAAAGAGUUACGUUAAUCGUAUGGGGGAGCCUCUUAAUGAGGAACAACAGGCAAAAGUCCUCAACGAUCUGCUGCAUGUGAUGCAAGUUGAUGGACUGAAAACCGAAUCGAUCCAUAAGGGACACUACGACGGGAUCUAUGAUCUCAUUAAGCGAUUCGCCGAACGUCAGAAUCAGGGAAAGCGCAAAGUCGCUCUAAAUUCCCCUGACACUCCGUCAACCAGUAAAACAGUCCAGCCUGGACUGAAGAAACCGAUAGUGUCGAUUGACACUGUAAGAAGCGAAGAAACGCCGAAGACAGCUAACGCUGUGCCAGUUGUAUCGGACAGUACAGUAAAGACUGUACCAGCAACUGAUACCGUAAUCGCCGUACCGGCAGUAGUUACUGCGAAUACACCAGCAUCGACAAGCGGAACGCCGCAGAAUGAAGUAACCACGUCAGUAGAAUUACUGACAAUUCAGGAAACUCCUGAGAUAACGGAGCAGAAAGCUGCGAUGGAGACGGACGAGAAGCCGUCGCUAGAGAAUAAUUUUCUCUUCCCGUCCCGGCAAGCUUUGCGGGAAAAACAACGGGAAUUGAUAGCCGCCGAUAACCCGGAUAGGACUCUUCUGGAAUUGGACAUUUGUGUUGUCACGAUUCCUGACAACGACGAUGAGCCGUUGUAUUUUCUCAUCCCCGCAGCUGAGGUGGAUGUUGAUAUGUGUGAGGAUAGCGGCGAAGCUAAAGCUACGUCCGCCGUACUGAGCGAUGCUCUUAAUGUAUUGAAUGCGGAACCGCAGGUACAGAAGCCGUAAAAAGCAUUAAAUGCUAAAAUAAAAAUCGCCGUAGUGUACAACGUAUGUACUGAUAUUUAAUCGCCGUAAAUAACCCAACGAGUGCACCAGAUUGAAUUUAUUUCAAUCAUUACAGAGAUGAAUCGCCGAAAACGCACAAAUCAGUGCACAAAUCAGUUUCAGAAUUGCCGUAGUGCAUUAAUUGCAUAAAUCGAACGAAUAAAAUUGCCGUAGAUGCACUAAGUUGCACAUAUGUCGUGGAUCGACGCAACAAUGCGUAUGGUUGGAGGAAAAGCUCCGGAAUAAACCUGCAAAAUAACACGGAUUAAAACGUGUGGAAUGGGAUUCGCCCGGAUUAAUUUUACCGGAUUUUUGUUACGAGUUAUAACUCGUCUUGAUUAAUUAAACGCCGCAUUUUGCAGCGUGUGUUCUCACUAACCUGUGAUGGAAUAAAUUGGCACAAUUUUUUAAUAAAACCUGCUCAUUAUGUUGCAUUUAACAUGCAUUUCCUUGUUUUUCUCAUUCCUGUUUUUGAGCCUCAAGGGGCCUCGGCAUCCCGUCCCGUGGCAUGUCAGAGUGUUGUGCGUAUAGCACAGGGAUAUUGGCACGGACGCCUCACCAUCAUUGGCUCGGCUCACCAUCUGCCAGCUUUCCAAACACGACUGAUCGUGUUUGCCAUUCGAGUGCCAACCUAGGAACCGUUAACAUCGUUUCCUAGCUCUUUUUGGAUUCCAUGCCCUUUUUCUCACCUUUAGAGAUUUGUUUGAUGCUGACUAGCAUUUAUUUCAUUGAAAUAAAAGCGAUUAUUUCGAGGAGAUGUUGUUUCCGUUGUCGUUUCUCUGUGCAGCGUAGACGCUUCUCCGAGAAUCGUCUUCACAAAAUUAACGGAACCGUCAUCAUCGACGUCCACGUCUUAGCGCAUCGUGGCAAGAAAAAGCAUUUUCUGUAGCUGAGUGGCAUUGUCCGCUCCGCACUGCGAACAGGGCUGGAGGGCCCGUGCAUCGCUGGGUAUCCGUGCCGUACAUCCAGUGGUGUGGCAUU